AUGGACCGAAAUCUUCGUGAUUGGUCUACUCUCCCUGUAGACUUACUAUCCAUAAUUGCAGGUGGCCUGAAAACGCCUAGCGACACGCUGCGUUUUGGUGCCGUUUGCAAGAAAUUUCGCCUAGCCAUACGUUUUCAGAAAACACCAUCUUCCUUUAAAGGUCUCAGAAUCCCUGUCCCUGUCCCAGCUUCCAAAAAAGACAUUAAACCGCCUGACCGUUGCUUUCAGGGAUAUCUUGUUCUCACUGAGUCCGUUUUCUAUGCUAUUGAACCCUUACCCAGCAGAACCUCCAAUAUAAAUGUUUCAACCAAAACAUUCAUCGUUAGAUUACAAAAAUCUUCCCUCACUGGAAGAAUGCAAGUCAAGGAACCUCUCUCUAGAUUCCGGUUUCGACACUUGGCAAGGUCGUUACCAAAAACCCUCAAUUUAAUGGACUUUCAGGUCCAUGAGUUACACAAAUCGUACGGUCUAGAUUUCGUUGUUGUCAGAAAACGAAAAGAUAGAUACAUGAAUUAUGACAAUAUGGAGUCUACUUCCUUCCACAAAGUCGUUGUUGCUACGUGUCUUGACGAGCAUUAUCGUGAUUUCGCAGUUAUGGUCACCCAGGGAAUUGGAGAAAUGAAUCUUUGGAGAAUUGGAGAGCCAGAAUGGAUUAGUAUAUAUCAUCUCACUGGCAAAAGUUUUUCUGUCGUUGAUGUUGUGUAUCACAAACACAGAUUCUAUGCGAUCGACAUACGCGGGUUUGCAAUAACCAUUGACCAUAGAACUUCAAAAAUUUAUGACGCUGCCAAUAAAUUUUUUGAGCCCAUUCCUGGUCUCAAAUACUUAGUGAGCUCUCUUGAUCAUUUGUUUCUGGUUGUUAAGACGCAUUUACCUUUCCGUGACGAACUUGGUUACGGGAUAUGCAUGUCUGUUUAUGUCCUUGAUGAAGUGAACCAUGUAUGGCUUUACGUGGAAGGGGGCCUCGACGAUCGAACUUUCUUUGUGGGAGAUGAUUGUUCUUUCUCUGUUUCUGCUGAAGAGUUCCCUGAACUCCGAAGCAAUUCUGUUUAUUUUAAUGAUGAUGAGUUUGCUGAAGCAAGUGAAGCGCACCCCGGAUGGUAUCCUGGAAUUUAUGACGUCAAGUAUGAAAUGAUCGGGCCGCUUGCAGGAUUUCCUCGUCACUCGAAACUUUAUUGGCCUGCACCCAACUGGUUGGCCAGGUUCCCCGCGGCCCGGGCUGGUCGCUAA